CCCUAUACUCAACCCUAGCCUGAAAAAAAGUUGACGUUCAAACUUCUUAACAAAUUGCAGAGAGAGAAGGGAAGAUGGGUGAUUACAAGUUUCUUAAGAUAAAGGACGCCAUUGCUUGCAUUAAUCAGAACAUUAACAUAAUUGCCGUCAUUGUCGACCUCAGUCCGCCCCAGAAAACCAGAGGCACCGAUUAUAUCUGUAAGCUGAAAAUAAUUGAUGAGUCAUAUGAGUUCGGGAUUCCCGUGCAUUUAUUUGCUCAACAAAUCGGCGAUCUUCCUCUUGCUGCAUCUGUUGGGGACAUUAUUCACUUUUCAUCUGUCAAGAUGGAAAUGCAUGAUGGAGUUGUAUAUGCUGUAUUCAACAAAAAGGUCUCUUCAUUUGCUUUGUAUGAUGGGAAAGAUGGUGAAGAUUUCCAUCCUUAUAAAGUUUCUUUACGAUUUCAUGCGAGAGACCAUGAUGAAAAGAUAAUAGCAGGACUCAGAAAAUGGUUAGCAAGUUCAGAGGUCAUUUAUGAGCUGGGUUUCUUAUUAUUGAGGGAGAUCAACCAAGUGAUUGUGGGUGGUGUUAAUUUAGCUUGCAAGGUACUUCAUAUAUGCAAAAGUACUAAUGAUGAGUGGAUGGUCUUUCUUUGGGAUGGAACUGAUGCUCCACCUAUCAGUAUUAAUAAAAGGCUGGAAGAUGAAAUGCAUAAUCCGCUUCCUCUACAUUUCGAACCGUUGCCUUCAUCAAGAGAUGUGUUAUCUACAUUUCCUACUGCUGGAACCAUCUUAAGAAUGCGCCUUGAUGUCAACUGCAUAACAGAUAUCCUUCAGUUGCUGAAAGCUGGUCGAUGGGUGAAACUUUUUCGUGUAUCAUGCAAAGUGCAUGAAGGAUUAUGGUAUGGUGUGUUCACAUCUGCUUCAAAGAUCCAAGAUAUGCCAAAUGAUGAUAUUCUCGUACUUGAGCGCCAGAGCAAUUAUGAUCGUCGAUCAAUACGUAAACUAGAUCGGAUGCCAUAUUGGAGCUUUCCAUGGGCAUCAAAAAUCACAGAGGUUAACUGUGAUGAUGCUGCGCCAUUUGUUACAUUGAUGGACCUUCUCACAAAUCAAAAGGUACCAAUGAGAUUCAGGUGUGUAAUCCGAGUUGUUGCUGUGGUUCCUUGGCGAGUUGAGGAUUUCCGCCGCCGUCGUGAUGGACUUUAUAGGGUUAGGUUUACCCUAGAGGAUCCAACUACCCGAAUCCAUGCUUAUGCAUUUGCUGAAGAUGGGGAGAGAUUUUUCAAUUCUUCAUCCACUGAUGCACUGAGACGGAAGCUAACUCAAUUGCUCGGAGUGCCAUCGAGUGGUGGUGCCAGAAAUCCGCCGUGGGUGGAGUGUUGCUUGAUGUCCCAUUCGGUCGGAAAUGGCAGUUGCAUAUGCGAUACCAAGCUUCUUGAUUAACGAGCUUCGACUCUACUUGCUUUUAUAUGUAGCCAGCUUAUUUUAAGUUCAGGAGAAACAAGGAAUUAGUUACCUCUUUUGCUCUUGCUAUCUGUUAUUUCUGCCAAGUAACUAGAAUCAAUGGGGAUGAUGUAACUAAGAUACCCUUUUAUC